CCUUAUCUUCUCUGCAACUCUCCCUCUCUCUCUCUCUCUCUGUCAGUCACACUAGCUCUCCGUGCUAUUGCUUCUCGCCUUGUGUAAUGGCAACACUCAAUGCAUCUCUACUCCCCAAAAAUUUAAUCUCAUCGUCAUUUAUAUAUGCAGAAUCAAGCAUGAGGUCUUCUGCUCCAAUCUAUGCCUCCAUUUCUCGGGUUCCUCUCGUUUCUCCCUUUCGUUUAAAUUCCUUAUCUUACGUCUCAAGUCGUCCUUCCUCCAACUCCUCUGCCUCCUGGACACCCAUUCGAGCGGCUGUCGAUAGAGAUUAUACUUCAAGGAGGAGUAGUGGCAGCAACGAGCCUAGGGAGACUAUUUUGCUACCCGGUUGUGAUUACAAUCACUGGCUCAUAGUAAUGGAAUUUCCCAAGGAUCCCGCACCCACGAGAGAACAGAUGAUUGAAACUUAUCUUAAUACUCUCGCUACUGUAUUGGGAAGCAUGGAAGAAGCAAAGAAGAAUAUGUAUGCCUUUAGUACCACCACCUACACUGGAUUCCAAUGCACUGUAGAUGAAGAAACAUCUGAGAAGUUCAAGGGAUUGCCUGGAGUCCUUUGGGUGUUGCCAGAUUCUUACAUAGAUGUGAAGAAUAAGGACUAUGGAGGCGACAAAUAUAUUAAUGGAGAGAUAAUUCCCUGCAAAUACCCCACCUAUCAACCAAAGCAACGUGGUGGAUCGAAAUAUGAGAGCAGAAGGUAUGAAAGACGGAGGGCUGGUCCUCCCCCUGAGCGAACAAGACCCAGACAAGAGGCAACCCAGCCAGAGUCGGCUUCUGAAUGAGAUGACUGAUGUUUUGCUUACAAACUUUCAUGUCUACUAAUUUGUGCUAGAGAGGAUGUCAUGCAUAUAGUUAACCAGAGUUUACAGGAUGCUGUUUAAUUUUUAAUCAUGUUUGAUUGCUUGCUUAUUUGUACAUCUUGAAAGCUUCAGUUAAAUGUGAUCCAAAGAAAGAAAUCUAAUAUUUUGGGAAAUUAUAAUGUAUGGGGGAUGUUUGUAA